GAAAGAAAUGGAUGAAGAACCUGAAAGAACUAAGCGAUGGGAAGGAGGCUAUGAAAGAACAUGGGAAAUUCUUAAAGAAGAUGAAUCUGGAUCACUUAAAGCUACGAUAGAAGACAUUCUCUUCAAAGCAAAGAGAAAAAGAUGCGCCACCUGUAUGUGGUAGUGGAUGGAUCGAGAACAAUGGAAGACCAAGAUUUAAAGCCCAAUAGACUGACAUGUACUUUAAAGCUCUUGGAAUACUUUGUAGAGGAAUAUUUUGAUCAAAAUCCUAUCAGUCAGAUUGGAAUAAUUGUAACUAAGAGUAAGAGAGCUGAAAAACUGACUGAACUCUCAGGAAACCCGAGGAAACACAUAACAUCUUUAAAGAAAGCUGUAGAUAUGACUUGUCAUGGAGAACCAUCUCUUUAUAACUCCCUAAGCAUGGCUAUGCAGACUCUGAAACACAUGCCAGGACAUACAAGUAGAGAAGUCCUAAUCAUCUUUAGCAGCCUUACAACUUGUGAUCCAUCUAAUAUCUAUGAUUUAAUCAAGACUCUAAAGGCCGCUAAAAUUAGAGUAUCUGUUAUUGGAUUGUCUGCAGAGGUUCGGGUCUGCACUGUACUUGCUCGUGAGACUGGUGGUUCAUACCAUGUGAUUUUAGAUGAAAGCCAUUACAAAGAAUUACUAAACCAUCAUGUUAGCCCCCCUCCUGCCAGCUCCAGUUCAGAAUGCUCGCUUAUUCGUAUGGGAUUUCCUCAGCACACCAUUGCUUCCCUGUCUGACCAAGAUGCAAAACCUUCUUUCAGUAUGGCGCAUUUGGAUAACAGCACUGAGCCGGGGCUUACGUUAGGAGGCUAUUUUUGCCCACAGUGUCGGGCCAAGUAUUGUGAACUCCCUGUUGAAUGUAAAAUCUGUGGUCUUACUUUGGUGUCUGCUCCCCAUCUGGCACGGUCUUACCAUCAUUUAUUUCCUUUGGAUGCUUUUCAAGAAAUUUCCCUCGAAGAAUAUAAUGGAGAAAAAUUUUGUUAUGGAUGUCAGGGGGAAUUAAAAGACCAGCAUGUGUAUGUUUGCAAUGUAUGCAAAAAUGUUUUCUGUGUGGACUGUGAUAUUUUUGUUCAUGAUUCUCUCCACUGUUGUCCUGGCUGUAUUCAUAAGAUUCCAAGCCCUUCAGGUGUUUGAGUUCAGCAUCUAGUACAUAUUGUAUAUAUUUAAAAGAAGUUUGCAACUUCAAAUAAAAUAAUUCUUUAGAAGAAGCUCCAAUUAAAAUAUGAAGUAAAAUUCAAAAGGCAAAAUCUGAUUUAAGAAACUGUUUUCUAAGAAAAUAUAAUAUUUUAAUAAAAUGUUUUAUUUGUAUCCUAUCACAGAAACAACUGAAACUCAUAGAACUUUCUUUUAAUUUUGUUAAUUUCUAUUAUUUUGACUUAUAAUGUUUUAAAAGUCAUUGUGCAUUUAAAUGUGUGUAAAUUACUUAUAAUGAUUAAAUUGAUGUAAUAAUCUCAUAUUUAUAAUUAAAGUAAAUUCAAAAUCUUUAUGAUGUAUUUAAAUUCAUUUUUAGUGUAAGAAGAAAAUGAAGUAUAAGAACAAAUUCUGUUUAAGAUGAAAAUUAGUAUUUGUGAAAUUA